UGCCGCGCCCUCUUCUCCGACCGUCGGGGGCGGGGACCAGACGGCAGGCGGGGAGAUGGAGGGCGCCGAUUCCGAUGCGCGGCUGCCCUCCCGGCUGGCCAGGCUGCUGUCGGCGCUCUUCUACGGGACCUGCUCCUUCCUCAUCGUGCUGGUCAACAAGGCGCUACUGACCACCUAUGGUUUUCCCUCACCAAUUUUUCUUGGAAUUGGACAGAUGGCAGCCACCAUAAUGAUCCUGUAUGUGUCCAAGCUGAAAAAAAUAAUCCACUUCCCUGAUUUUGACAAAAAAAUUCCUGUAAAGCUGUUUCCUCUGCCUCUUCUCUAUGUUGGAAACCACAUAAGCGGAUUAUCAAGUACAAGAAAAUUAAGCUUGCCCAUGUUCACUGUGCUCAGGAAAUUCACCAUCCCACUCACUUUAAUCCUAGAAGCCAUCAUACUAGGAAACCAGUAUUCACGGAACAUCAUCCUCAGUGUCUUCGCCAUCAUUCUGGGGGCUUUCAUAGCAGCUGGUUCUGACCUUUCUUUCAACUUGGAAGGCUAUAUUUUUGUAUUCCUGAAUGACAUCUUCACGGCUGCGAAUGGAGUUUACACCAAACAGAAAAUGGACCCUAAGGAGCUGGGGAAAUAUGGAGUGCUUUUUUACAAUGCCUGCUUCAUGAUCAUCCCGACUCUCAUUAUUAGUGUCUCCACUGGAGACCUGCAACAGGCCACUGAAUUCAGCCAGUGGAAGAAUGUCUUAUUUAUCAUUCAGUUUCUUCUUUCCUGUCUUUUGGGGUUUCUACUGAUGUACUCCACAGUUCUCUGCAGCUAUUACAACUCCGCGCUGACCACAGCAGUGGUUGGAGCUAUCAAGAAUGUAUCAGUUGCCUACAUUGGAAUGUUAGUUGGUGGGGACUACAUCUUCUCCAUUUUAAACUUUAUAGGGUUAAAUAUUUGCAUGGCAGGUGGUUUAAGAUAUUCCUUUUUAACACUAAGCAGUCAGUUGAAACCCAAGGAACCUGUGGAUGAAGAGAGUGUCCCUCUGGAUCUGAAGAGCUGACAGGGAGGCAGAGCUUCUGGCUGACUUGUAGACCCAGGCCUGGGGAGGGCAGUCCCAGCAGGAGUGGGCAGCCCAUCAGGCUGGUAUAGUCACCUGUUUGGUCAGAGCACCAACAAGUGUCUGCAAAAUGCCAAGAGAACUGAACUAACAACUACCUCGCAUGCCAAUGCACUGUGAGCCACAGGGCCCUUGAGAUGUGCACAGCUCAGAACCUUCCUGGUGAAGUGAAUUUGCUCAGAAACAGCCACGGACCCUCCAAAAUGUGUGCUGAGGGUGAUGCUCUACAGUCACUUUGGGUAUCAGUGCCUUGGCCUUAAUUUUAAAGGUUCCAGUCAAAGCAAGUGCCAGUGCCCAGGACUUUUUUUUUUUUUUUAGUUGAAACAUGUCUUUUCUUUUCUUUUCUUUUCUUUUCUUUUCUUUUGCUUGUCAGGGCCUGGGUUUCACCCUCCCACACUGUGGAAGCCGGAGGUGAGCUGAGGCCCCUGGUGGCUCUGGAUGCCGAAUCUCAACCCAGGCCAUGACUAAGACCAGGGGUGAUUUUCAACAAACACCUGACAUGUCUUUAUUUUCAUAAAAAUUUUAGUCAGUUAAUUUAGAUUUAAGCUGUGUUGGUAUAUUUUUCCUAGUCAUCAAAGUAAAAUAAAAGUCAUUUCUAUGUA